AUGACUGGCAAUAGUAGUGAUGCCCAAGAUAGUGAGUCGCGCAAUUCUAAUGCUGCUUUUAUCGAGCCAAUUUCUUGGGGUCUUCCUGGUACCCGAAAUACCCCUUCUGAGUCCGUAGAGCAGCAGGGACAAUCGACAGAAUAUCAGUCUGCAGGGGAUGGGUCACUACUUGAUGCAUAUGAUCCGUUGCAAGACUUUGAAUACUUCAGCCACAGCCUAGGUCUCACAUCCGACUGGGCCCUACCAUCAGAAUUUGAUAUCUCACGGAUCAUGGUUAGAGAGCCUAUAUACCAUCUCUUGCCUACUUCUUCUGUCAGUCAUGAACGACAAGAAUACUCCGCUUCUUCACAACAGAACCAUCCUCUUACUCAGUUUCCGGUCGAACGGGAUGCUGUUGGGGAGUUUGGUGUCUUGACUUUCCCUGUUCUCAAGAUCACAGAGGAACACCGAAGCCGCCUGCUCCAGUCGCUGGUGCAAUUUCAAACCACGGUAACUAAUUUCGUCAUGCCAUCGCCCCACUCUUUAACGCGCUUUGUAAAUGCCUUUUUUGAUGGAUUCUAUCCUCAUGCUGCGCUUGUACACAUUCCGACUUUUAAGCUAGAUAACUGUGAUCCAGAAAUUAUCCUAGCCAUGGCCGCACUUGGAGCUCAAUAUCGGCAUGAAUAUCGAAAGGGAACUCUACUAUUCUACGCGGCCAAGGCGAUUCUUCAGGACAAAGCGCUGGAAAUGGAAAGAAAAAUAACUAACCGAAACCUCUCGUCACGUACCACCGAGCCAUUGACAGAUUCUCGCCAUGACUCAUACAAUGAACUAAUGCGCGAGGCGCGCUGUGCUCUUUAUCUUAUUUUCUUCGCAACCUGGCACCGCGAGCCAGACAUUGUGCGAGAAGCAUUCAACCUCCAGAGCUUUUUAGCAAGGUGCGUGAGAGAAAGCCGCCUUUAUGAGGAUGACGAAGCUCUGCAAAAUGCCACCACAGACUGGCAUGUCUGGGUGGAACAGGAAUCUCAGAGGAGAAUUAAGUUGUUUUCCUUUGCCUUUCUCAACCUCCAGAGUAUAGCUUUCAACGUGCCCCCAGUCAUCCUGAGCGAUGAAAUAAAUCUUCGUCUACCAUGUUCUUGUAUGGAAUGGCUUGCUCCUUCCUACGAAAGGUGGGCUACGAUUCGUGGCCCAGGCCAUCAAGAACAGAUGCGGUUCCAAGAUGCUCUCGCUCAGUUGGCUCGGAUUUCCCAAGAUCCAAGUUCUAUCGACUCGCAGCCGGUUCCAUCUACAUUGGCCAACUAUAUCCUAUUACACGCUCUAAUACAACGAAUUUUGCUUAUGUAUCAGGCUUUCCAUUUCAAUAGUGAUGGACAACACCCUCUAUUGCUCUCCCAAAAGGACGAAAUCAGGAAUUCCCUCCGUGCAUGGACGUCCCAAUGGCAACGAGCCCCUGAAUCAAGUCUUGACCCUAGGAAUCCAAACGGCCCCGUUCCUUUCACGUCAACGGUAUUACUUGGCUUAGCAUAUAUUCGACUUGCUUUCAAUAUAGGCUCAUACGGGACAUUGAGGUCCCGAGAUCCAGAGCAGAUUGCUAACAAACUUCUGGAUUUGCCUCGUUUACCUGGCGGUCCUCAUCUUCUUCCGGCAAUCUUGCAUGCGACACAUGCCUUGAGUAUACCGGUAAAACUGGGGAUCAGUUUUGUUUCUCGGGGUCAUACGUACGUAUCGAGCAUACAGCACUCACUUUGCGGCAUGGAGUUCGCAGUUUUCAUCAGCAAAUGGUUGCAUUGUAUAUCCGAGUGCCGAACCAGGAGAUCUCUUGAUGAACAUGAGAUUCGCUUGAUCAACUGGAUAAGCGAUAUCGUUGAAGAGGGCAGAACAUCGGGAGACGAAGACCUGUGCCCUGGUCCUGUAUCUCCAUCCGACUGCCUUCACUUAGCCUACGCCGCGGUAAAACUGUGGGCUCGCCUUAUAAAAGGAAACGAACAAUGGGCAAUAUUGAGGAUUAUUGGGGAAAGUCUUGACAUAUAUGCUGACCUUUGUAAAGAAAAAUAUACACCUAUUCUAAGUUAA